AUGGCUCUCUCAGAAGCAGCGAAGCGGGUAGCCGCCGAGUUCGACUUCUCAGCAGAGCAGGUCGAUGCGGCUGCGAGGGAGUUUGUCAGAGAGAUGGAGGAGGGCCUGCAGAAGGAUGGCACGCACAUGAGCCAGAUCCCGACGUAUGUCACUGCUGUGCCCAAUGGCACUGAGAAGGGCCUUUACAUGGCCGUCGACCUAGGCGGCACAAACUUCCGCGUUUGCAGCAUCGAGCUGCACGGCAACACGACCUUCUCGCUCACACAGUCCAAAGUUGCCAUACCACGCGACCUGAUGGUGGCCAAGACCUCGACCGAGCUUUUCUCCUUCCUAGCAAAGCAGAUCGAGAAGUUCCUUCAGACGCAUCACACGGAUCACUACGAAGGACAUAUCCGCCGACGCAAGACGGACAGCGCAGAGGAGGGCUACAAGGACGAGGAGAUAUUCAACCUAGGCUUUACCUUCAGCUUCCCUGUCCACCAGAUCGGGAUUAACAAGGGCACGCUGAUUCGCUGGACCAAGGGGUUCGACAUCCAGGACGCCAUCGGGCGCGACGUCUGCGCGCUGCUCCAGGAAGAAAUCGACAAGCUGCACCUCCCCGUACGCGUCGCGGCGCUGGUGAACGACACCGUCGGCACCCUCAUGGCGCGCAGUUACACCUCCCCCGGCAAGACCGGGACGCUGCUUGGCGCCAUCUUCGGCACGGGCACCAACGGCGCCUACGUCGAGAAGCUCGACAACGUGACCAAGCUGCGUGCGAGCAAAGAAGCAGGCGACUACGACGAAUCAACGGGCGAAAUGAUCAUCAACACGGAAUGGGGCUCCUUCGAUAAUGAUCUCAAGACGCAGCCCAACACGCCCUACGACGAGGCGCUGGAUAAGGAAUCCGUGAACCCGGGCAUCCAGAUGUUCGAGAAAAGAGUUAGCGGCAUGUUCCUCGGCGAGAUCCUGCGUCGGGCUAUUUUGGCGCUUACUGAGGACCCGAAAGUCCCGCUGUUCUCGGACGAGACGAGCGCGCAGAAUGAUAUCCAUUCCACGACUAACAUCCUUGAUACCAGCCCGCUGUACAAGCAGUGGGGUAUUGAUACUAGCUUCUUGUCGAUCUGCGCCGCGGAUAACUCCAAGGGUCUGAGGGUCACGCGUCAGGCGCUGGAUAAGGACCUCCAAAUCCCAGCCACCUCGGAAGAAGACGCCCUCGCCGUCCGCGAGAUCGCCAACGCAAUCGGGAAGCGUGCGGCGCGCCUCGCAGCCGUGGCCGUCGGCGCCGUGGUCCUCAAGUCCGGCAAGCUGGACGUCAAGUCCACGGAGGACAAGUCCGGCGUCGAGCCCUCGGGCGGCCGCGGCGAGGGCCCGGAGCAUGAGGAAGGUGCCGAGGGUGGGGAGGUCAAGGAGGAGGAUACGAUUGAUAUUGGCGUUGAUGGGAGUUUGGUCGAGUUUUAUCCGAACUUUGAGGAGUAUAUGCGGGAGGCGCUACAAGAGAUUGAGGGGAUCGGGAAGGAGGGGGAGAAGAGGAUCAGGAUUGGGAUUGCGAAGGAUGGGAGUGGGGUGGGUGCAGCGCUGAUUGCGCUUGUGGCGGGGAAGGUGGGGAAGCCGGACGAUGUCGAGGAGUGUGAUAGUGAUGAUUGA